AUGGACUCCAGUGCACAUAGAAGACUCCGAACAACGGCCCUGUCUAGCAGGGAUAGUGCGAGUAGCAGUCAACAAGAAAGCAUCAAGAAACCUGCACAACUUGAACUUUUGUUCUGUAAGGAGCUUCAGAAACAGGAUACUAUAGGUGUUUGUUCAUUAGCAGAAGAGUAUGGCAGUAUCUUCCUCGCCGAGCAAGAUAAGUCUGGCCAUGUGUUGUUCAAUGACAUUCAAAGUUGGCUCCAAUUUGCACAGGCAAAGGGUCUAACUGUUGGUGAUUCAGUGACAUUUUAUCGCCAACGCGCCACAGAUCUGUUCUUUAUAGACUGCUUGCCUAAGGAGCCCUCUGUACUUGACCAAAUUUCAUCAUUAAACCAAACAAAUUUACCUCCGUUGUUUGAUUCUCCGUUCUUGCAUUAUUUGAGCCUCUUCCCCGAGGAUCAUGAAAUCGAGAGGGAUACAUUAAUCCAGCUUGGUCAGGCAACAGGUCUUUUUGCAGAUGCAUCUCUCGCUUCCAUUGUUUCCUCAUUCAAAGCAUACCAAAGCGAGGGAUAUCUCUAUCCUUCAAGGUAUGAUGAAACAACUGGAAAGCUUUGGUACAAGGUAACUGAUUUGGUAUCUAAACAUGUCACAAAUUCGGAAAAGACCCAUCUCAAAAUCGAUCUUGAUGACCCCCUUGAUUCACUCAGUUGCGAAAAUUCAGCAUUUGAGCAUGUAACAAUGUGGCGUUUUCCAUCCAAUGUUAUUCCAGUGUUGGAAAAAUUUAUAAAUAUGAGGACACUUUGGUUCCUUAAGGGUCAUCGGUCUCGCACAAACCAUGUACCUUAUGAUUUUUUCACCUCAUUGAAGCACCUGCAGAUUCUGAAUUUGAGCUGUACUAAAAUUACAGAGCUGCCAAGUUCGAUAGGCCAUAUAAGGGGCUUGCGCUAUCUUGAUCUCUCUGAGACCCUCGUUAAAAACUUGCCUGGAACCGUAGGCCACCUUAAGGAACUGCAAACUCUAAAACUCAAAAAUUGUCGCGGCCUAAUUACAUUGUCUAAAGAUACAACUAGAUUAGAAAAUCUUCAACAUCUUGAUCUUGGUGUCCAUACCUACUUGCACUGUAUGCCCCCUGGCCUUGGUGCACUUACUCGCCUUUGUACAUUGUCGCCAUUUGUUAUUGGCUGUGAGUUAAGUUGCGGAAUAGCUGAGCUCAAGAACCUUGAUGGUUUAAAUGAGCUCCGCCUUACAAAGCUUCAGAAUGUUGCAAGCUCAGUGGAAGCCAGGGAAGCAGACCUGAUCACCAAGGUGCAUCUGAGGAGCCUGGAGCUUCAAUGGAGCUCAAGUGGACAGAAAAUUAGCAGAGUUUACGACGAGGUUAUUGAGUGCCUGCGGCCACACACAGACCUCAAAUACUUCAAGGUACUCAGUUAUGGAGGUUCAAAAUUCCCAAGUUGGUUUAGUGAUCCUUCUUUUUCCAACAUCAUGAGCAUUACCCUCUUCAAGUGUGAAAAUUGCCGGGUCUUACCUCCUUUAGGGCGCCUACCCUCGCUAAAAUUUCUCACCAUAGAUGGAUUAACCGGAAUAAGAGUCAUUGAUAAUCAGUUCUGCAGAGUAAUUGAACACAAUGAUGGAAUUGAUGAAAAAGUUGCAUUCCCAAAAUUGAAAAACUUGGCACUAAUCUCCUUGCUUUCUUUGGAAGAAUGGAAAGAUGUACAUAAAAGCGAUUUUCCAUCCCUUCUUAAACUGGAAUUGAAGGAUUGCCCGAAAUUGGUUACAAUUUGCAGCCUUUCAGACAUGCAUUCGCUCCGACAUUUGGAGAUAAGUAAUUGUCCCUUGCUCCGGUCCCUGCCAGAGGGACGCUUGCCUGCUUCAGUGGAAGAGUUGUUGAUUGAAGAUUGUCCCUUGCUCAAGUACAGCUGCUCAAAACCUGAUGGUGUAGAUUGGCACCAGAUAGAGCAUGUUGGAAGCAUAUGGAUAGACUACGAAGACAAAUCCUCUCGCUAA